CAACGAAUUCACUUUUUCAUGAAGUUCCCCUUGCUCCUCCAGACGUUAUUUUCAAUCUUACUGCCAAGUAUAAGGCAGAUACUUUUGCUGAAAAAGUAAACUUGGGUGUAGGAGCGUAUCGUGACGAUGCAGGUAAACCUUGGGUGUUACCUGUUGUUAAAAAGGUUGAACAAGCCUUGGUAAAUGAUCCUUCACGAGAUCAUGAAUAUCUCCCUAUAUUGGGUCUUGCAUCUUUCAGAGAAGCAUCAAUAAGAUUAAUACUUGGUGCAGACAGUCCCGCUAUCAAAGAAAAUAGAGUUACAGCUGCUCAGACAAUAUCUGGUACGGGAGCUAACCAUCUUGGUGCUCUAUUUUUGUCAAGAUUUUAUUCUAAAGAAGCACCUGUUUACUUAUCCAAUCCAACAUGGGCAAAUCACAAGGCAAUCUUUAAUAACGCUGCACCUGAAAGAUCAAUUAUUCUAUUACAUGCUUGUGCUCAUAAUCCAACCGGCGUAGACCCUACACAAGAUCAAUGGAAAGCAAUAGCUGAUGUUAUCGAAUCAAAGAAACACUUUCCAUUUUUUGAUUGUGCAUAUCAAGGAUUUGCUAGUGGAGAUCUAGAUCGUGAUGCUUGGGCUGUACGAUACUUUGUUGAACGCGGACAACGUGCUGGUUGUUUAACAUUCGUGUUAAAAAAUUCUGACGCUGCCGGUCGUGUAAGUAGUCAACUCGCCAAAUUGCAACGUUCUGAAAUCUCCAACCCCCCAGCACAUGGCGCUCGUAUAGUUGAUAGGGUAUUAAAUAAUCCCGAUCUUUAUGGUGAAUGGGUUGAAAAUCUCCGAGAAAUGAGUUCUCGUAUUAAAAAUAUGCGUGAUGCUUUACGUGAUUGUCUUAUCAAAUCUAAUACUCCUGGUAAUUGGGAUCAUAUUACUAACCAAAUUGGAAUGUUUUCCUUUACUGGACUUAAAGUUCCACAGGUCACGGUUCUUAAAGAGAAAUUUCAUAUUUAUCUUACAGAUAAUGGACGUAUUUCUAUGGCUGGAUUAUCCACCUCAAAUGUGAAAUACGUUGCAAAUUCUAUAAAUUAUGUUGUAAACAAU